UAUCACACUGGUGAUGUUAAGUCACAACAUGAAACUCGUGAUGGCGAUUCAGUUAAAGGACAAUACUCCCUUGUCGAACCAGACGGUUCCAUACGUACCGUAGACUACACUGCCGAUAAACAUAAUGGAUUCAAUGCUGUUGUACACAAGACUGCACCAGUCCAUGAACACGAAGAACACGAACAUCAUUUCUAAGCCUAAACCAUAAUUAGCGAUAAACUUGCAGCAAACAUAUGCCAAUUGUUAACAUUAAUGCUCUCAAUAAUGGUUAAAAACAAAAUUAACUAAAUUAAAGUAUUUCAUCAGAAACGACUAGAAAACACAUCAAAGCUUAUCGAUUCAUUUACUAUACAAAUCAGCCACAAACAUUUCGUCUAAUGUGAAACUAACAAGUCAACAUUGUUUUAAAUUUUCAUUA